AUGAAGGGUCCAAUUUAUCAAGUCGCGGCAUCACCGUUCAACCGCCCCGAUGCCGACGUAAUUCUUCGGUCGUCGAACGGGAGCCACUUCCACUUCCACGUCCAUCGCAACAUCCUCAUGAUGGCUUCGCCUUUCUUCGAGGACAUGUUCCAUUUGCCGGUUCCUCAUAACGAAAAUCAGACCGAUAGGCCAAUAAUCGACGUACCCGAGGACAGUGCCACCCUUGAUAUCCUCCUCCGAGUUUGUUAUCCUGUUGCCGUUCCACUCAUAACCACGGUAAAACAGGCGCGUUCUGUCCUAGACGCGGCGUUGAAGUAUGACAUGAUUACUGUCAAACAAUUCGCGACGCGGAUGCUGGAGACCUUUGUUCAAGCGGAGCCUCUGCGUGUGUAUGCCAUCGCUGCACGACAUGGGCUAGAUCGUUUGGCGAAGGUAGCUGCUCGACAGGCGGUGCAGAAAAACGCUGUGACAGAUUCCUAUGUUCCCGAGCUGGAGGACAUGCCCGCAGGCUGCUAUUACCGACUUUUGCAAUAUCAGCGGCGGGUCAACAACUCCACCGUAUUUGUAUUUUGUCGUCCAAAACAUAAUAUUGCUACCAAGGGGCCUUCGAGGGAGACGGAAUUGACGGAGCGCAACGCUCCAUCUCCAUUCGAUGCUGUCGACGCCGAUGUUGUGAUGGUGACCACUGAUAACAUGCGCUUCUGCGUUCACAAGAGUAUCAUUACGUCUGCAUCUCCAGUCUGGACUACUUUACUUCAAGAGCAAGUUUCGGAGAGCGGCCCAGCUAGUUAUAAUGAGGAAACAUGUGGGCCAAGGAUCCUCCAGAUCAGCGAGCGCAGCAACAUAUUGCAGCCCUUGUUGCAGCUCAUUUAUCCUUCAGGUCUACCGAUUUCCGUCGACAAUGCUGCAUUACCCUCUUUGCUCGAUGCGGCCAACAAAUACCAGCUACAACGCGUUUCAUGGAUCCUCCUCCCGAAAUGGUCGGAAUUUGUGGCGUCCGAUCCUCUCAGCUCCUACCUCCUUGCGUGUUCCCGCGGUUUGAAGGAGCAAGUCAUACAUUCGGCCAGAAGCCUCCUGUCCCGCACAUACAACGACUUGGUGAACACAUACGUGGGGGCACUUGAGGCAGUUCCGACCGGACCCUACUAUCGCCUACUGCAGUUUCACAAAAGGUGCGGCCAGGCAGCUAGAUCGUUCUUUGAUAGCCAGACACGUAAAGAUCUGGAAGCUUCAUCCAGCUUUACCCUCGUGACGUGUGAUAAGAGUCCAUGUAAUGGCAAUUCUUAUCGCUAUGCAAGUCCCAAAUGGUAUUCAUCAUACGUGGUCAGAGCCAAACGAUGCUUGGAAGUACAACCAUCCGUAUCCACAUUUCGUCUGGAAACGAUCACGUUUUUAGUGAAGGAAAUGGGAUGUCUUUCCUGCAUGAUGCGUAUAAAAGAGGUUCUCGCGUUCUGCUCAGCAUUCGAGGAUGCGGUGGAUAAGGUCAUUUCAGAGGUUAGCACAGAUAUUUUGUUCAAUUAA